CAAAGUAGGUCGAUGUUUUCGGUGGCCGUUAAUUUUUUUAUUUGUUCGAGUUAAUGCAAAACAGCAAAUAAUUGCACGAGGAAGCGUAAUAUUAAAUACUAAGGAUUAUUAUUAAAGCAAACAAAAACAAAGAUUAUGGAUUUAUCUAUGUAUGGCGAAAAUUUGAAUUUCAGCAGUUCUGAUGAAAUAAGCUCUGAUGAAGAAAGCGGAAAUAUAAAAGAAGUCUAUGAACAAAGUUUGAGUAUCAUUGAAAAUAAUUGUUUACCUACACGUGAUAUUGUUUAUGAAGGAAAAAAAAAAUUAAUUUAUCAUUGUAAUUCGCAUGAAGAAGCAUUAAACUGUGUGAAAAAAUAUGAGUUAGCAACUACAACAAGAUUUGUUGUCUAUAGUGUAACCAAGGACUUUGGAAUAACAGAAAUGAUUGCAAAAAAUCAUAAUGUUCUAUGGGAAGAUUAUGCCAUUCAGUAUUCAGGCAUACCUCAUAUGGUUGUUGGUCACAAAAUUUUAGAUUGUCAUCAUGGUUUUGAUAGGAAUAUUUCAGCGAAAAAUAGUUAUAAAAAAAAUAAAAAAAAUGCUAAGAUGGAUGAUCACAGCUUUCAGAAAAAUUAUGUGAUUCUGCAAGAUACAAAAAAGUUUAUGUGUCCUGCAAAGAUAGUUAUGAGAGAAAUAUUACAAUUUCCUGAUUUCAAGAUACCUAAGCAUUCAGCUUGGCACAAAAAAAAAGCAUCAAAAUUAUUGAAAGAAAAAUUAAAAUUGUUAUGUUUAAAUGAAGUACCUUAUAUUCGGAAAGUUGUUGUAGCUAUUGAUGAUUUAUCAUGUCAUGAUAAACACCCUAUUGGAAAGGUAGAACUAAUUUCUCAAAUAAUCGAUCCUCAUAUUUCAAAAAAGAUUGAAGAAUAUGUUAUAGAAGGAAUAUACAAUAUAAGGGAAAUGAAGCACCUUCUUCGUUUGACAGUAAAAGAUACUUUUGGAAAUGAAAAUCUUCCUCCUUCGAAUAGCAGAAGAUUCUAUCCCAACACUGCAACCAUAAGAUCACAUAUAGUAAAAAUUAAAAAAAAGUUACGGCAUUCCAUGAUUGACCAAGAAUGUCUUUUGAUAAAAUGUGAAGAAUGGAAAAAAUGUGGUCCGUCUGUCAAAGUGUUUCUUAGACCAAACUGUAGUGGCGAAGAUGGUGGUGAUAAAUGUUCAUUUUUAUUUGUUUAUCAGUCACAGUGGCAACAACACCUUCUCAUGCGCUAUGGAACUGAGAUACUGCUACUUGAUGCCACAUACAGGACUACCAGAUAUUCUCUUCCUCUCUUCUUUUUAACUGUAAAAACUAAUUUUGACUACCAAAUAGUAGCCAGUUUUGUUAUUGAAUGUGAAACAAAACAAGCCAUCACAGAAGCGCUUCACAUAAUAAAAGAUUGGAACCCAUCCUUUCAACCUUCCUUUUGCAUGACUGAUUAUUGUACUGAAGAAAUGGAUUCAUUAGAAGCUGUUUUUCCAGGUUGCCGUGUUCUUAUAUGUGAUUUCCAUAGAGAGCAGGCAUGGCAUCGCUGGAUUGUCAAAAAAACAAACAACUGCUCAGAAUUUAAAGACUCAAUAAUUUCAAUGCUGCGAAAUAUUGCAUGGGCACAAAAUGAAAAGAUGGCAGAUGAAGCAAUAGUUAAGCUAAAAUGUUCUAAUUUUUGGUUGGACAACAAAUUUCAAAAAUUUAAGAAAUAUAUUACUAAUUAUUGGUUACAAAUUAAAGAAAAAUGGAUAUGGGGGUAUCGUCAGGAUAGAUUUUUAGUAAACCUUAAUACCAACAAUGGAAUUGAAAGGCAACACGAAUCUUUUAAAUAUUCGUAUCUUCAAAGACAUAAAAAUUCAUCAAUUACUGGAAUGCUUACUCUUUUAAUAGAAGAGUUUUUUGCAGAUAAAUUUGAGAAAUAUUCAGAAUCUAAUUACAAAAUGGAUUGUCGAUUUAAACAAUACAAUUCUAAUGUACCUGAAUACUUGAUAAAUAGGCCACACCAUUUUAUUAAACAUUGUUUAGCGAAGCAAAAUUUGGCUAACAACACUGAUCUAAAUAAAGUGCAAAUGAAAGAUCCUGGAGUAUUUGUAGCCUCAGGUGUGGAUACUGUUGAGAAACAGUCUGUCGGAUACUGUUGCAAAAUGGUUUUAAUUUAG